AUGGGGCUGCUAGAUCUCCCUCCCGAGAUCUUCCAGCGCAUCAUACAGAAGCAUGUCGCAGCGACAGGGCUAUGCAGCGCGUGGAAAGGCCGAGGAGUCUGCGAAACUUUCAACACCUACAUCACCGAGGAAGUUUUCGCACGCCAACCAGUGAAGGUGUAUUCCAAGCGCCGUAUCAACGGUCUGUACCGCAGAGGACUAGCCGUUUUUCUCGAGUAUCGCCUUAAUACGUUACAUGGCGCACACGACCUCAUCCCAUCGGUGAUUCGCAACGUUGUCGACAAACUGAUGCAGAUCACACGUCUAACAUCCGCCGAGGCCAGAUCAGAACUCAAUAGAGACGUCAUCGCUGCUAUUGUCAGGCUUUGGAAGAAGGCAGAUGUCGCGGCCGUCAAGCCGACCAAACGUAUGGAGAAGGGAUGCUCUAAAGAUUCCGAAGAGGCGCGUCUACUCUGUCUUGUGGUCAGCAUGGGCAACUUAGACCUCACUAAGGCUGUGCUUCAGCACUGUACAGAUCCAUGGAGUGAGACAUAUUGCCUGGGCUCUCCUAUCGAAGUUGCCAUUUCUGCGAUGGAUCUAGAGCAUGUGGAACUCCUCCUUGCAGACACAAAGUCACGUAAAUCAACGAGAGCUUCAAUUUUCGCACGAUUCCUCGAUAAAUUCUUCGACGCACCAGUGGGGGACUCACAGCUAGAAUUUGUGGACCAGCUUCUUUCGUUGCAUUACACCUUUCUCGGCCGACCCCUCUCCGAUUAUCGUGUUAGGUGGCUUGGGAACUUCCACAUGCGGGGCCCUACAGGUGAAGGAGUCGUCACAAAGAUUCUGGAAAUGGGCUUCACCUCCAAACUAGCCGCCCUGUACCGCCAGCGGCUUUUCGAAUGGUGGGGCGAGAGGUUCGAUCGAACCACCAUGAAGCUGUUCGUUACACAUAAAGUAUUCGACAUGACACAAAAGUAUGCGUUCGAUGACAGAUACGGCGAUUCUGCAUAUUCGAUGCAGGAUGAGUCUGUACUAGCGUACGCUGUCCGCGUCGGCGACGUGGAUCUGGUGGAAGUCGCUCUCAAAGCUGGUGCAAACGCAAAUGGCGCAGUCAACCCCAAUGGCUUUUGCGAGUACCCUAUCAGCUCCGCGCUCCAAAAUACUAGAUGCAAGGCUAAGAUACUAGAGCUACUCCUUGAUCAUGGCGCCGACCUUUACGGGGACCACUCUGUCUUCCACUAUUGCGACAUCAAAACUAUGUACCUUGGAGGUGACUACGAGAAACGAAAGAUUCUUGAUGCGGCUAUCGAGCGCGCGAACUACAGCUACAAGGGAUAUUCAUAA